AUGAGUGAGCUGUGCGACUGGCGUCUCAUCGAAAUGGCCGACGAUGUCGAUUGGGAUCAACUGUACGACCGGUUCAACGAUCGUCCCGAAGAGUUGGAGGCAAUGGUCGAAAGCAAAGUGGAGGAAGUGAUCCAACGGGUGGUUCACGAGAUCAAAGACAUCGCCGCCACGAAUGACGAGUUCGACGCUCUCGUCAGACAACGCGACGAGACUAACAAACAGCACAAGACAACGACUAUCACCGAAACCAUCUAUUAUGACGACAAGUAUACCUAUUAUUCGGAUCCAAUUCAACGGGUUAUAGACAUCGACGAACUGAAACAACGGAUGAAUAAAGCGGUGGCCAUCAGUCAACCGGCGAAUGAGACAACGGAUCAAUUGGCUGCCAAAACACCGGACGCCACUGCAGACAAGUCAACGGAUCAAUUAGUCGAGAAGACUAUAGACAAGUCGGCGGACAUGACUGCCGUUGACACGAGCGCUAAGCCCGAAGAAAACGAGUCUAAAGCGUCCGAAGAGACCCAAACCGAUGACAACAUUGAAAUCAUGGAGUUGUCGGUCAUAUAUGAGGGCACAUCCGCUCCCAAGCGUAACACGAAGAGCGGCAUCAAGAGAUUCAUUCGCUCACAAAUAUGUAAUGAGAACCGUGUGUUCGCCGCCUCUAACGGUAUACUGACCUACGCCUGGAAGCCGGCGAAAGUGACCAAAGUAUUAAACAUGUGGAACAUGUCUGUGGUCUUCGACGACAAGUCCGUUAUCGGCGGCAAUAUGUUGUCCAAUAAACUGAUCGCGUAUUCAAUGCAAUCCGAUUGUGGUCUAGAGAUCGGGGAGCGAGUCGUUGCGUAUCUACAAGAAGGCAAUUACAGCCGCGAACUGUAUUCGGGAAUCGUUGCGGAACCGGCGAAGAACACAAACAAUUUCCGAUAUCUCAUAUUCUUCGACAAACACGCGUACAGUUACGUCAAACGGGAGGAUAUUUACUACAUUUAUGACAAAUCUAAUGUUGACGCCAUUUUUGCCGAGAAAGACAAAGAGGAUUACAUUGAAAUCAAAGAGUUCGCCGAUUUCUUGAUGGCUUAUAUUCGCAAUUAUCCCGAGAGACCAAUGGUUCGGCUCCAGAGGGGCGACGACCGCAUUAAAGUUCGCUUUGAUAGGCGAUGGGAAAGCGGAAGAGUUUUGGAGAUUGACUCGAGUCUAGCGCUCAUCGAAGGCUCUCGAAGACUAUAUGAUAUCUACAAAGAGUGUCAAACGUCGACAUCCAAUGUCAGACAUCACGGCAGGUCUACCACAAGAGUCACCCGACGGUCCGAUAACCGGCCGCACGUCGAGUGGGAUAACGACGAGGAGAAAGAGAACGAAGAGUCAGAACAGCCGACGGCCGAAGACAUUGACGACGAUAUUAUUGUUGUGCCAAAAGAAGAGGCGAAUCGUAAACGAAAAUUCAAACAAACGGCCAGAAAAUCGACGGCCAAACCCUCGGGAAGCGUGUCCUCCGCGUGCGAUCCUAUGAGACUCAUAGACAACGAACUGUUCACUCCAUCGGAAGUAUCUGUGGAACAGUUCCCAGACGUGACUCGAGUUAUACCGAGACAAUAUGCUCAACACAUGUGUUCAGCCGAUUGUGUUAAUGCGGAGAUCGAAACCGAAGACUUUUACGAUAAAAAUCCGUUUCAUAUCCCGAUUAUUGUCGGCUACCGGAGAGAGAUUGUGCGGACCAACGAGAAGAAGACUCGUAUCUAUUACUGCGCUCCGUGUGGGCGACGACUCAGAAGUAUUCACGAAGUGUUCAAUUACUUAUUGAUUACGCAUUCAAUACUCGACAUCGAUUUGUUCACAUUCUCGACCACUUUCGCGCUGUUCCGCAAAUCGAGUCCUCUAAGAGCGCUGUUCCACAUCCCAGACCUCACCAAUGGUUUAGAGCGACAGCCCAUCUCUUGUGUCAAUACUGUCGACCAAACAGACUUAGGCAAUGUUGUCUACAGUGCAGUCCGCUUCCCUCAUCCCGACGUCAACUUCAAAAUAGAUCCCCAAUUCCUGUCCUGUUGUGACUGCGAAGACAAUUGUCUCAAUAGUAACACGUGUUCGUGUCAACAGUUGACACUCGAGGCCAGCGAUACCGUCAGAAUGUCAAAAUAUCAAUAUUUUGGUUACGAAUACAAACGUCUCGACGAAUUUGUAAUGACCGGCGUUUUUGAAUGCAACCAAAACUGUCGCUGUAAUCAGCGCUGUCCUAAUCGAGUCGUACAGUUAGGCAUUAAAUGUCGUUUACAACUGUUCAAGACAUUGAAGAAGGGAUGGGGUGUACGAGUGCUGCACGACGUGCCCCGAGGGCGCCGACAAAAGGACGAGAAAUCCAAGAAUCGGUACUCAAUUAGGAAAGACUUUUUUAACGAAGAUUUUUGUUAUACACUCGACGCUAAGCGGAGGGGAAAUAUUGGCCGAUAUCUGAACCAUUCGUGUGAACCAAACUGUUUCGUACAAAAUGUUUUUGUCGAUUCACACGAUUUGAGGUUUCCGUGGGUCUCAUUCUUUGCCAAAAAAGAUAUAUUGGCGUACGAAGAGCUGACCUGGGAUUACAACUACCAGAUCGGGUCGAUUCCCGGUCGCAAAAUGUACUGCUAUUGCGGAGCCCAUCGAUGUAAAAAACGUCUGCUUUAACGCACACAUGAUUUUGGCUUUCAUUUUAGUUUUAGAAUAUUUUAUUUAAAGUAAUUAUUUAAUUAUUUGUAUAUAAAUUGACAAUUUAUAUAAGAAUCUUAACGACA